AUGGCCGAGAGGGCUAGUUCUUCUGCUAGCUGGGUGGUGGAGAUGGAGAAGCUGCUUGAGGACAGCAGGCCAUCGGUGGAGAUGGCGCGGUGGAAGCAGUGCUACAUCUAUCAGGUGCCGGAGUUUAUCAAGAAGAUGACCAAGAGAGCUGCCUACCAGCCACAGUUCGUAUCGCUGGGCCCCUUGCACCACGGCAAGCGCCACCUCCUGCCCAUGGAGGAGCACAAGAGGCGGGCGAUGCUGCACAUGGUCAACUCGACCGGGAAGCCUCUAACGGAGUUCGUCGCAGCGAUCGAGGAAGUGGCGGAUGAGCUUGAGGCCGCCUACGAGGACCUUGACGAUAGGUGGCGUGGAGUGAACAGAGGUAGCUUUGUGCAGAUGAUGGUCACGGAUGGAUGCUUCCUGAUUGAGCUGCUAUCGAUCUAUCAAAGUCCAGAGUCCGAGAAUACUGAUUACGCGGACAACGACCCCAUCUUCAGCAGGAGUAGCUUUACUAAUUUGUGGUCAAUAAUGACGAACGACAUGAUCGCGAUGGAAAACCAAAUACCUCUACUCGUUCUGCAGAGGAUCUUAUUUGUUACUUGGAGUGGCACACCGCCGAGCGCUGGAGAGAUCAACAAUAUGGUCCGAAGUAUUCUGAACGUCCCACUCUUUGAGGAAGGCGUGGAGAAGCUGGGCCUCCACAUCUUGGACAUUUUUCACAAACAGUACUAUGGCACUACUCCACAUUGGGAAGGAUCGGACAAAUAUGAGCCUCGCACUCCCAGUGCAGUUGAGCUGAGCGAGGCAGGGAUCCAGUUCAUAAAAAACAACACUCGAAGUAUCCACGACGUUGACUUUGAAAAUGGUGUGCUCAGCAUGCCGCUGUUCACGUUCCAUGAUCAAACGGAGGUGGAGCUCCUCAACCUGAUGGCAUUUGAGUGGCUACAUCCCGACGCCAAAUACGACGUGAGGUCCUACAUAACCUUCAUGGACAAUAUCAUCAGGUCGGAAAGAGACGUGGCACUUCUGAGAUCGCAAGGGAUCAUUACGAACCAUAUGCGCAGCGACAAGAAGGUGGUGGAAUUGCUCAGCAUUGCCACAAAGUUAGGAAAUGCGAACAUAGACCACAGGCUGGGCCACGUGCAGGGGAAGAUGAACAGCUACUGCAGGAACACGAUAGCCAUAGCCCUGGCCAGGAAUCGCCGGAACGAGUGGUUCACCAUCUUGGUGAACAACUACUUAGAGCAGGUAUUCUAA